AACAUUUCCCAGAUAAGUGCAAGCGCGUCGCUUCGCAGUUAUCGGCCUUACACACUGUGCAGGUAACACAAGACAUCGAGACAUCUGCCCCCUUUUUCCUGAUAACUGGGCGUAUAAAAACACCCAAGAAGGGAGCUUCACACGGAGCUCGAGGAAGACACCGGGGAAGGUUCCUGUACAAAAAUGGCCAUUACUCCUCUCAUCACUUUGAGCCUGCUUGUCGUCGGCGCACUCGCUGGCACCAAGCAGGAUGCCAACAACUACAUUGACACGGUGCUGCGCGACCACCUUCCGGCCAACGUGCGUUCGCUCAACUUGGACCCCACGCACCUGCCGGGCUUCAACGUGAAGGUCGACUCGACGGCUCUGUCCAACCGGGACCUGAAGGCGCAGUUCCCGUCGGGCAUGCUUUACGGCCUGUCGAGCGUGGUGCGCAGGCGCGGCGACUGCGGCGUGCCGGGCUGGCAGGGCUCGAGCGUCACCACCGGUUGCUAUGUGUCCCUCGACUCGCUGCGACUCACUUUCGACGGCAGCGUCACCGGAUACAGCCUUCUUGGCGGCAAAAAGAACAUCAGCCUCGACCUGGUAGUCGAGAAGACCAACGCCUUCGUCGAGGCUACUGCGGCCCCUGGCCAGGCAGCUACGUUGAAGACGCUGACGGUGACCGGCAUCGAGUUCCGCGUGAACGUCAACAAGAAGCUCGACCUGAGCGACAAGCGCGAGAAGAAGUUCCUCAAGGCCGUCAAGCAGUCGGCCAGCGGCAUCCUGCAGGGCAUCCUCUACACAUCCUUCCGCGAGGCCCUCAGCCGCUCCGUCAGCAGGGUUCCGCUGCCCAGGCCGUGAAACGGCGGUGCCGUCUGUCACGCCAGGCAAACAAGAUUUCUGAACAACAAAUGGGAAUAAAGGCCGAAACGUUCUACACUA